UUCAACACAACUUUCGUUUUGAUCAUGGUUGAAAGUGUCAAAGUGCAGUAAGGAGGCCAAAGUGACUUGAUUAGAAAUAUUUGUUAAAUGCAAAAUGGUGUGCACGUUGGCGAUGUUUUUUUUAUUUUAAUUGCCGUGUAUGAAUGGCAUGGCAGUGUACUCUCGAACUAGCUGCAAACUUCAGCACUAGCACUCGUUCUCCCGAGGAGGCCUUCUUAUAACAGUAUAGUACAUAUUAGUGACCAAGUACAAUAGAGUCGGUGGAUGCUUCUCAUGUAUUACUUGAAAAUGGAAAAUAUUAUGACCAUUGUUUUCAUUGCUGGGCUCCCAGCGUGUGCCAUAUAUUUUCUUUACGCCAACAUUUAUUGCUCUUAUAAACUACUGAAAGCUAAUGUGGUGUUUGACAGUCGUCAGAGGAUUCCAAGUUUAGCCUACAUUUUUCUCAGAUAUGUAUUCAGAGCUCUUAUCAAAAGACAGGGGCAUUUGUACUUUUGCGAUAGCGAUGUCAAAGGUGAAGUUGCCUUCACCAUUUUUAACUGCAGGUUCAACAAGAAUCUACUGAGGAGGUUCUGUAGUGCAGCUGGAUAUGGCUGGGACUACCCAGACAUUGAGUUCAGGGAUAUCCCUCUGUGUUACCCAGAGACCCUCUGUCUGCGGAUGCUUGACAUAUUAAUAUCUGCUGAGAAGUUCAGAUUGAGCCCUGCGGGUCUAGUCCGGGUACGUCAGAGUUUGAGAACAUGGCAGCCAAUAGAUGAGCUGAAGAAGGGACCCUUCAAGUUGCAGGCUCGUGUGUUAGAGUACAGGGUCGUUGAAGAUGGGGUGGAGGUUGACAUUUCUCUAACUGCCAUUUCACGCACUGACCAGCCAGUAUGGGAGAGUGUUUUGACAAUGCUCUCCCAGGACAGAGGCCGAACACCAAACACUCAACCUAAACCUGAGUGGUAUGAUGGUCACAUGGACACAUCAGAGCCAGAUGACAUGAAGGCGGUGGAUAUCAAUGUUCCCUGGACUACAGGACUGAAGUUUGUGUGGGCUUUCUCUGACUACUCUCCACAUUGUCUCCUAACUCUUCCUGCUAAACUAUUGGGCUACAGAUGUACCCCAACUCCUAGUCUAUGGAUGCUGUCUAAAUGCUUGGCUGAAAUUGAAAAGCACAAAGGAGUUGAUGCCAUUAGAGCCCCCAUCUCUGUCACCACCCAGUUCAAGGAACCAUUGUUCAUACCAGGAAAAGUGACCAUCAAAUUUUGUGAGAGUGCGGGAGUGCAGUCCAAAUGUGUUAGAUUCCAAAUGGAGCAAUACGAGAGGAAGAUACCUCACAUCACGGGACAAAUCUGCAGGACUACUGUAGAGGAUGUGAAUUAAAGAUGAAAACGGCACCAAUGGCCACCCCAGCACUGUUGUUAUUGUUUUUGUUGCUGAGAUGAGCAUCACGUAGCAUGGUAAAAAAAAAAUGCAGUACUCUUAUGUGUUAAAUGUCAGAGUUGAAAAAACUGUUUGUUUGCAGUAAUUUCUUUGUUGUAAUAUUGCAAAUGGUUGUGGCUGUUUCACCAAUAAGGAUUCCAGCUUUAAGAUUAUCAGUUAUGACAUGACAUUGUAUAAAUAUCAGGUAGAUGAAAGUCGUAAUAAUAAGGGAUGAUUGUGUAAUUAUUAGUGGAAUGACAUCUCAUCUUUGCCGUUAUGUGGCAUCCUAGUCAGUAGUCUUCAUGGUAGGCAUAGGCUUCAUGGUCCAGCAGGGGAUUUACACAAAUGUAUCUUCAAUCCAACGUACCCCAAUACUGCUACCCUCUAGAAUAGAUAUUUACAUCAAACAAGAACCGUGGUGUUAAGGUAUUUUCUGUGUCCUCUACAACUCUCUAAUGUUACUAUGUCCACAGAAGCACCAUAAGCUACAGUACCAGGUGUAUGCUGAUGCAGACAAGGUCCCUACAGGGAAUGGAGACUUGAAUAUUUGAUCUGUUUGAUAUUCUUGUUCCCUGCUUUCAUGUAUAUGAAAGUCUUUUCUCUUGUUUUACUCAUUGUAAAACUGUAGACAGGAAAUUUGUAGAGGAACAUAAACAGUAUUGUUCACUGAAAUGCUUUGUAGAGAUCCAUGACUUAAACUAUACCAUAUGUUUAAUGUCAGUAUCUACAUAUUUCUGCCAAACUUCAGAGUGGUGAUUAGAUUCUGCCUAGGAGUAAAAUGUUAAAUAAAUAUUACUAAAAUGUAGUUUCAGUUCAUGUGGUGAAACAAUUAUCUUUAUUGUGAGUGGAUUAAAUGAAGUAAUAUUAUAUUGUUUGCAUGCCCAUAGAGAUGUAUGUAAUUCUGAAGUUGUAGAGUUGGAAAUUAAAUUUGAUGUAACCUUAA